GGUUUUUUUUUUUAUUCUUUUGAUCUGAGACAAAGGUUAUUUUUGGUUAUUUAAUCGUAUUACUGUUUGUAAUCAAAAUUUUCCGUUUUUAAAAGAAUCAACCUUUAAAUAAUAAUAUUUUCUCAAAAAAAAAAACCUUUAAAUAAUACUAAAAAAUAAAUAAAUAAAAGGCAAAGCUUACCUUUUCCAAUUUGCAUGCAUAUAAUACAAUAAUAAUAAUCAAGCCCUACCCCAAACCAUCCGAAGUCAGUACCCUAAAUAGGUUUCAAAACAGAAUCUGUUGAGAUCUGACCCUUCUUUCUUUCUCAAUCCUCCCAUUCAUUACUCCUUUCUUCCUCCCCACACAGAAACAAACCGAGAAAAUGAGGGAUCCUGUAAGCACAGAAAAAACAGCUUCAUCAUCCAUAAUAUUAUUAUUUUUAUUUUUAUUUUUAAAUUAAAAAAAAAACCCAACAGAUAAUAAUAAUAAUAACACCCCCAAUCGCCACGGCCACGGCACCGGAAACGCUAUGAAAUCUUUGCUCAUAAUUUGAUUUGAAUUAUUUGAUUAUAUAUAUUUUUUAUAUAUAUAUACAUAACACAAUGAGCCUGAACCCUCCUACGACAACAACAACGACCACCACUUCUUCAAACUCGUCGUUAACCUCAUCGUCGUCGUCGUCCAAAGGAAACGGCAACGGCCAAGCUUGCGCGGCCUGUAAAUACCAGCGUAGGAAGUGCGCCCCUGACUGCAUAUUGGCCCCUUACUUCCCUCACGACAGCCACAGGCAAUUCCUCAACGCCCACAAGCUCUUCGGAGUCAGCAACAUCACCAAAAUCAUCAAGCAACUCGACUCACCCGCCGCCAGAGAACAAGCCAUGCGCACCAUCAUAUUCCAGUCCGACGCACGCGCCGCCCACCCUGUUGGUGGCUGCUACCAUAUCAUCCAAGAACUCCUGCGCAAGAUUGAAGCUACCAAAGCUGAACUCGACCUCGUUAAUCAAGAUCUCGCCGUCUACCGUGCUGCCGCCGCGGCCGCUGCAGUGCCACCACAACCUCAGGGUGUCUCUUCUCAUCAUCAUGUGGAUGAUCAUCAUUUGGCAAUGUAUAACAAUGACAAUUCCAUCUCUAACAUGCACCAUGAUCAUCAUCAUCAUCUUCAUCAUCAGUUCCUUCAUUCGCACGUUAUUGGUGUGGAUGGAUCAGAUCAAUUGCAGGCGUCCCAGUAUGAUCUUGUCCAGGAUGAUGUUAGUUCCUGGGUUGUACAAGAUUCUGGCAUUGAUGUGAAGCCAUCUGUAGGAGGAUGCGGUGUUGAUGAUCAUGAUGAUCAAGAUCUUCAUGUCAAACCCCUCCUUGAAAUUCCAUCUGAUGAGAAGAUUAUUAAUGGGAUACCUGCUAAUUUUGAGCCUCAUCAUCACCAUCAUCACCAACGAGUUGAUGAAGCCAUGUUGAUGAGGACGGUGGAGGAUGAUAAUGUGGGGUUGAAGGAAGAGGAUGAGAAUGAUCAAUACUCAAUCCAACAAAAUGAUAAUGGUGGUGAUGGAAAUGAUCUAAGAGAUGCAGCUACUCUGUUUACCCUUAAAAAUUGUACCACUUAG